AAUCAGCAGUUGAAAUGGAUUCAUCACUUAGUGAAGAUCCCUUAGUUCCCCUUUUGGAGUUAAGUGGGUAUCUAGUACAGAAGACCUUGGAAAGAGGGGCAUUUGGGGUUGUGUAUCAGUGUACUGCAUUAGACACCAAUAAGACAGUGGCAGUAAAGGCACUGUCUCAUAAGGAGAAUGCUAAAGAAGAGAUAUCGGCCCUUGAGCAGCUCAAGAAGCUCGACUUAGACAAGAACAACCUAGUCCGGUUUAACAGGCACUUUGAGUUUCCUAACAAUAUUUUUCUGGAAUUUGAGAAACUCGACAUGGAGCUCUUGGAACUUGUGCAAAGUUUUAACAGACCAAUGCCUUUGUCUGAAAUUCAAAUGAUCACACAACAGAUGCUGGUAGCUCUGAAUGCUCUCAAGAGCAUCAAAAUGGUGCACAGAGACAUCAAGAUAGACAACAUUAUGCUAGUUAAUCACCAGCUACAUCCCUUUAAGGUUAAACUUAUUGAUUUUGGUCUGGCUUGUCAUGUGUCUGAACUCAACCGUGGGGAUAUCUUUUAUAACUUAGAGGGCAGAGCCCCUGAGAUCUCACUUGGUCUGCCUUUGAAUGAGGCUGUAGACAUGUGGGCUCUAGGCUGUCUGGUGGCCUCCAUGUACAUAGCUAAAUUUAUUUAUUCUGGAGCCUGUGAACUAGGGAAAAUGGGUGCUAUUGUUCAAUUGCAUGGGCAACCUGAUGAACAGUUACUUAAUACUGGGAUGUAUACUAAGAGAUAUUUUCACAGAGAAUCCCCAAGUUCUCCAUGGAUGUUAAAGAGAAAGUGCAACUGUUCGAUAAAAAAUGUCUCAGAAAUAGCAAGAUCCUUGACCACUGAAGACGGUGCUGGUCACCAGCCAUUGCAUGGGACGUCAUUAAGACCAUUUACCAAACUUGAAGGCAUUGCAAUGACUCGCCUAGGUACAGCUGGGAACGAGGACACGCGGGCAUUUGUUGACCUUCUCAAAAGAAUGCUUCAAGUAGAUCCAGGAAAAAGAAUUGCCCCCAGUGAGGCUCUAAGGCACCCUUUUAUCACUAUGAAGUAUUUCCCUAGUGAUUUUAGUAGUGGCCCUUCAUAUCAUGGAAAAACAGUUGCCUCUCAAAAUGACAGGCCACCAUCCUUAGGUACCUUACAGGAAGACUUAGCCUUGUGUAUGAAUGAUGAACUAACUGCUGCAUCUGAGAGAACCACGGAAAAUAACAGUCACAUUUCUGCAGAGACCUUACCGGUCUCUACUAAUCGUAUUUGGGAUGGGGACCAGGGUGGAGCCAAUAGAGGCAACAUGGGUUCAAAAGUCAGAUCGAGAAAUUGUUUUUUUAAGAAGAUUCGCAGAUUUGUUUCAAGACUGUUUAGAAGUAUACACUAACAAUGUGGACUAAAAGUUCAACCAGCCAUGUUGCUGGUUGGAAAAACUAUUAGCAACAAAGAAGGGACUCUUUUUUACAGGUAAUGAGCUGACCAACGUCAAAUACCUGGAGUUUCUAACCAAAUGCUCAGCAAGGAAAUGUCUCUUGCACAGAGGCCAAACAUCCUUAACAACAUGUACGCAUGUCCAUUUAAAUGUAUUUACAUCCAUGGAGGAUACUGUAUAUAAACCAAACCCAUGGCAUAUAAUUAUUUACAGACUAAGUUUCAAUAUAUGUUGUAAUAUAUGUAGUAACAGACUAUCCUCGUUUAAAGGAGGCUGUCACUACUAUUAGGCUGUCAAUUGUAUUGACCAGGCCAUAUAUUUGCCAUAAGGACCUUUCAAUACAUUUCGGUCAGUAGAAAAGCAAGUAAUACAUUUCCUUCUACAGAACAUGAUAAAGGAAGAUGUGCCAUAACCACGUUUGUCCAGCAGAGUGCACUCAACCUCCAACAAUUUCUUCAACUACGAUAACGUGGUAAGUUCUUCUCCACUGUAGUUCAUGAUGGCAGAGCUACGGUUCAUUUAGCAUCUUCCGAGUCCGAAUAAUGGACAGAGCGUUUCUCUUUUGCACAAACAUACACAGAUAACAAAAGAGUUGAGGACUCACUCACCGAUUCAUCACACACGUACAGGCUUAUUUUAACAAUUAGUUGCAAAGACUGCACCUGCUUUUUACAGUCUUUACCUCUAAUCUCUAUGCCGAGCAAUUAUGUAACGAGUUGCACACAUCUUGGUUACCAUUUGCUGUAAACGUGGAGGUGACGGAGCUCAUCAUUGUGAUGUUUUUUAACCUAUUGUCCACACCUUAAACUCAACAAGUUGAGUAAAAAAAAUACAAUUAUUGGGAUUCUUCCUGCGAUCUCUUCGUGCCAGUUAGUGUUGCUAUGGUACUGCAAAGUCAACAUGUUGCAAACAGAAGAUACAAAUAACAUACAUUAGGCUGUCAAGUACCCCUGGUGUGUUAUGCUUUGCUAUACUUGAAAUCCAAAAAGUUACAGAAGUUUUCCCUUCUAUUGGGCCGUGGUUGCCAAACGUUCUAGUUACAUUUACCUAGGUAAUAUUAGAACGAACAGUGAAACUUUGUCAACUGGACAUCUGAUUUUAAAAACACAUUUUUAUUGCGGAAAAUCUAAACGAUACACGCAACCAAAUAGUUAAGUAUACUCGAAGUUAGACCUAGAUGAACGGUUUGUUUAA